GGCUUACAAAACAAACGAGCGGAUGGCUUCCCUGCACGUGCCACCGUGCUGUGUUUACUGAUAGCACUACCUUUUGUGUUUGCGACAAAUCUGGACAUUGUGGCAACAAUCGUUACCAUGAUGUUUCUGCUGAGCUAUGCCACGGUUAACUUCACCUGCUUUCUCCUCUCCGUGUUGAAGAGUCCCUCGUGGCGGCCCGGUUUCAAAUACUACCACCCGUACAUCACCGCUCUCGCGGGGACGGUGUGCUGUUUCGCGUUGAUGUUUGCACUCAACUGGAUAGCUGCGCUGGUGUCAGUGGUGCUGUGUGUGCUGUUGGCCUUCUACAUCGAAUACCGCGUCAACACAGAGAUAUGGGGAUCAGGAUUACAGAGCAUGCAGCUACACCUGGCCACAAAGGCACUGAUCUCGAUGGAACAGCAGGAGGUGGUGUCUAAGUAUAUCAUGAUGUUGAAGCUUGCCGAGGCUCGGAAUGCUAGGGCGCGUGAUGCGGUAGGUAACAUCAUACUUGGAUCAGACAUGGACAUCCCAGCCCAAAUGCUAGGCAUAGUAGAGGAAGACAACAACAGCCAACGCAGGUCAUCGAUUAGAAGAACAAACACGAUGCUCAACCAACUCACGGGACUAGACAACUUCUUAGCACGACAACUGCACGAGAUACCAGACGACUUCAAGUACAACAGAACCAAAUCAUGGGUACCAAGGUUCCUAGUACUGGUGUCAAUGGACACGGCUGACGACUCACUCUCCUCGUUUGAGAAGACAUUGUUGUCCUUCCUGUAUAUGCUGGCUAAGGGUUCGGCUAAAGAUAUCUUCAUCAUGGUUGGUAAUGUCCUCAAAAGAGACUAUGGCUUACACACCCAGGAACGCUUCUUGGCCGCCAUGAGAAGAAAGGUAUUGCUGCAGGGUGCCAUGCAGGAUUCCAAGAUCAAUGGCUUAGCUGAAGUGGUUGUGGCCAAAGACACUGAAGUGGGCGCCAACAUUCUCAUACAAACAGCUGGCGUAGGUUCAUUGCGUCCCAACACCAUCAUUGCUGGUUGGCCUAGACUCAACACUCCGGCUAAGGCCAGCUACGUAGUCAGUCUGGUGUCUCUGACUCGCGCGUCGUCCCGUGCAUGCAUCUUCCUCAAACACGGUAACAGCUUCCCCGAGCCAUCGGAGAGGGUUACGGGUACAAUGGACCUGUGGUGGGUGCUGCAGGAGGGCGGUAUGCUAUUGCUGGUGUCCUUCCUCUUGACGCAGCACAAGUCCUGGAAGGGCUGUAAGCUGCGCCUGUUUACGGUGGCCGACGUCACCGCCAAUUCGGUUCUGAUUGAACAGCAGCUCAGAGCGUUUCUGCGAGAACUCAGAAUCAAAGCCGAGGUGAAAGUGAUCGAAAUUACUACCGAAGAACUCAAUCCCUUCACAAAUCAGAUGACUAUCGCCCGCAAUCAGAGCAAUGCUGCCGCCAUGCGGCUCAGAGGGAGGGGUGGUGCCUCAAUGUUCCCGUCGUGUGUGGAUCAGCUGACGGGUGUGCCAAUGGGAUCAUCGCCAUCAAGUGUCCCCAGUGGGCAGCAGAGUAGUUCAGGACAGCGAAGCGCAUACACUAAGAUUACGGGUGACACAGAUACUGCCGGGCCAUUGAAGCAGUCAAUAGAAGGCCUUUGGAAAGGCAUUAGUAUAGCGCCUCCAGAAGAAAGCAAGAGCCAAGGGUUUCUUCUGGGAGAUGACAGCGACGAUAGCACGUUGGAUGUAGACACGAGCAUUUCGGCCAAGCGCUACCAUAGUGCGGAUAUCACAGACAGCAACAAUGACAGUAGGAAACCUCAAUCGUACCUGGGCAAAACAACCCCGGGCUCCCGUUACCGUGUAAGUCCUGCGGAACAGAAGCGUAGCGAUGCAACGGACGACAAAAGUGAUACCAAGGGAGAGAGGCAGAGAUUGCAACCCAACACUCCACAGAUACAGACACAGACACGCUCAGAUAUAGAUAUACCUACACAAGCACAAACACAAGCACAGGCACCACCACACAAUACACAUACACACACUGACUCUAAGAGGACCGAGUACGGGAAAGACUCGUUGGAGGAGAUUGACCUGAAAACAAGCGAACGAAGGACGCAGAGAACAGACCACAUGGCAUCUGGCGAAUCAGACGCACAGGUAAUAAAAGACAAACGAAAGGAGAGUUUACGACUCAGCAUGUCGUCCGAGGCUCUGCUGGUAGGUAAGGACAUCACCACCGAACCCAUUGCCGAAGGAAUAGUACCACACUUCUACGACGCCAGCGCCAGUACACCCAACUCACCCGUACGCACCCGGGCCAACACCGUCACCAGCACAGACUCCAGCCACUCCAACACACACACACACGAUGCCACAGAGAACAGUCGUAAAAGCACUGCAUCGUACGACAACGCAAAGGGCUCUACCAGUCGCCUCAGGGCCUUUUCGCGACUAAGGAAAGCCGCCGAGUCUCUAGCUGCCCGGACCUCCAAGGGGUUCAGCACGAACAAGCUGGCAGAGGGUGAGCACAUACCGGAGGAAGGCGUCGAAGUGCCCAUGCGUGAAACCUCCCGGACAUCCCAAGAAAGUGGUAAGACCAGUAGCGACGGCAAACAAAAGAAGAACCUCUUCACCGCACCAGGGCUCAAACAGGCCAUGCACACAGAAAGCAGUAACGCUCGUCUGGUUAUUAUGAAUCUCCCGGUGCCGACGGACGAGUCCGCUAUCAAUCCCAGUGGCUAUCUCACACUAGUCAACGAACUCACCGAGGGGUUGCACAAUGUAGUGCUGGUGAAUGGAUUAACGGACGGCACAGAUGUCAUCAGCGUGUACCAGUCCUAAUUGAACAGAUUAAGGGUAAACCAGUCCUAAUAAAUUUUAAAAGAGUGCACCAGUCCUAAUUGAGCAGAUUAAGGGCGAACAAGUCCUAAUUAAACAGACUGUGCGUGUAGGUGUCCAAAUUUGAC